AUGUGGUGGGUGGUAUGCGCGAGGUGCCACUCCUACAGCGCGCACCUGUAUGAGUACCUAGGGGCGGAGCUCGGCAUGCUCGACGGGCUGACAAUGACGAGCGACUUCUGCGAGGAGCUGGUCACCGCGUGCGACGGCCAGAUCGAGUUCCCGACAUACGACAGCGGCAGCGUGGAUUACUGCACCAAGCACACCGGCGGAGGGGACGACUUCUUCUGGUCGUACCCCUACAAAGAACGCUCCUUGACCGGGUUCCUCUUCUUGUGGUCAAGGUGGUGGGUGAACUCGGACAGCAUGGAUUCUUCCGAGCUGGUCAUCGACGUCGCCGGGCCGGUCCCCUCCGGAGGCAACUUCUACGACGACUUCGAGGAGGGUCUUCUGGACGUGGUGUUUGGGCCCAUGUUCAGCGUCCCCUCCUACCCGUCGUACUUUUACGUCAGCUACACGGUUCUGCUUGACGACGGCGAGAUGCAACGCAACCGGCUCGCCCGGUUCACGUACGUCCCGGGGGAUCCGGUCGCCACUCGCGCCACCGAGGAGGUGUUGCUGACCACCGUCCCCAAGUAUAACAGCAUCCACUCUGCCGGGUGGCUUGGCUUCAAGCCCUCGGACUACGGCAGCACUGACCCUGGGAACCACAGCCAGGACGAGACCACCAUGCUCGGUGCCAUGAUGCGUAUCUCGGUCCCUUCGGACGGCACCGGCUACACCAUCCCCCCCGGAAACUACCCAGGCGCAAAGGCCGAGGUCUGCGCCAUCGGUCUCCGCAACCCGUGGCGGUGUGGCUUCGACCGCUUGAACGACAACCUCUACUGCGGUGACGUCGGACACACCCUUGUCGAGGAGAUCAACUUGAUCGAGUGCGGCAACAACUACGGGUGGUCGAGGUUCGAGGGUUCCCGCUGCCAGGAGGCCGUCCAGGACAACGAGUUCAACCCCCCCUGCGACGGCGUAGACCGGUCCGGCUUCACCUACCCGCUGUUCGAGUACUGCCACCCGGACUACGACUCCACCGACGCGGACGAGCAGGAGUUCACCGGAGGCGCUGACACCUGCGGGGACCGGUUUGUGGUAGGGAACUGCGUCAUCGGGGGUUACGUGUACCGGGGCAACUUUUUCUCGGACCUUUUGGACGGCGCCUACAUCUUCGGGGACAGCACCAUGAGGAACAUCUACUUCCUGAGGGAAGAAGAGGCCGGCUGGGCCGUUGGCACAAUCAUCAGCGACGCGAGCGUGCAGAUCGUCAGCUUCGCCGAGGAUGUGAACGGUGAGAUCAUGAUGCUGGACUACCAGCACAGGAUGUACCACAUGCCCUGCGGCGACCUUUGCGCCACCACCUGCCUGGAACAGGCGGAGGACCAGCCGACCUACGAGGUACCGUAA